AUGGAUAAGAUGAAUCAGGCUAUUGAGAAGAUGAAGAUGUUAGUAGGUAUGGAGGUUGAAGACGAGGAACGAGCUGCUGAGGAGGAACGAUCACUCUCGUUCAUGGAAGAUCUUAAUCAAAAUUGCGCUUUAUCUACCAAACAGAGAUUCUACGGCUUUGCAAUUUGCUUGUCAGCAGGCUUGACUUGUACACUUUUGUCAAUGCUUGUUUUCUUCAAUCCGGUCAAGUUUGGCAUCACAUUCACUCUGGGAAAUUUGAUGGCACUUGGGAGCACAGCAUUCCUUAUAGGCCCACGGCGGCAGGUGACAAUGAUGCUUGACCCAGCUCGUAUAUACGCUACCGCUUUGUAUCUAGCAAGCAUUAUCAUUGCCUUAUUUUGUGCUCUCUAUGUUCGUAACAAGCUUCUGACGCUGCUGGCUAUCAUUCUUGAGUUCUCUGGUCUAAUUUGGUAUAGCUUGAGCUACAUCCCUUUUGCUAGGACCAUGGUCUCAAAGGUCUUCAUGACUUGUUUCGACACCGAGUUUUAA